GCCCUUCCUUCUUUGGGGUGAAUAAACAUUUAGAAAUUUACACAAUUGCAUACCACAGUUCCAGGAUGGGCACAAUAACUCAGCAAACCAACAAAGAAUCUAUCUCCUGCUGUGGUGAAAACAACUGAUACUGUUUCAUUGACACUGCAAAGCACACAAAGAUACGACAAAUUUAGGAGAAACUUUGUUCGAUGUUCUUAACCAGUCUCCAAUGUUGUCUGGUUGCAGGCUUUUUACUUGCAUAUAAAGGAAAUAAACUGGAAGCAACAAUCUAUGUGCUACACUUUCUUCUUUGGGUGUUAAUUUAUAAUGAUUCUCAAAUCUAGCUGUCUCAGUCAGUUUUCAUUUAAAUUGAACACUGUAAACCUCAGACUGAUAGGUAACUUUGUAAUUAGUAUAAACAGUCUUUCCUCUAAGAAAUACAUAAUGUUCCUCUGGUUGGCAUUUACGUUUGUAAACAAACCUAGAUACAAUAGGCAUCAAUCUCAGAGAUUUGACAAUCUAGUAGGGGGAAGAGACUAAGCCAUGACAAAAGUGUGAAGUUGUCCCUGCCACUGGGAGACAAAGCUGGAGAGGGUAAGCUUAUGCUCCCAGUGAGGAAUUUGGUAAAUACUGGGGUGGAGAGGUGCUCCAUAGGGCUCUGGCUCGAGGAGACGCUCUGUGACAAGGAGAAUGGCACUAACCCUAACCCUGGAAGGUCACCUCAGCCACGUGCUCCCAACCGUUGCCACCAGCAUCCGGGCACCCGAGCAGCCAACGGUCCCUGGGUCUUAGACCGUUGGGGUGCAAGCAACUUGGCAGCUGUUCCUGUGAACAGCUGCGUAUGACAUGAUCUCCUCCAAGGUUGCUCCCAGAGAGGGAAGUCAACGGGAGAUGCUGUCUGAAGGUCGGCUGGAGGCAGAGCCACCUGGCGAGGCGAGCCCUAGCUGGACCGCAGGGCCGCCAUCGGAGCGCCUGCCACCCCUGGGUCAGGAGGCACCUCUGCCACGUCGCUGCCGUACCAACUGCUUAGAAGCACCCCUAUCGCGCUGCUUCCAGCGCCUUGGUGCCACGGUGGGUACGCACCCCUGGCUGUUUUUGCUUGGGCCUGUGCUGCUGACGGCCGCGCUGGGCACAGGCCUCAUCUUCUUGCCCAAGGAGAAGGAGAACCUGGAGGAACAGUACACACCGAUUGGCAGCCCUGCCAAGGCUGAGCGGCGCUUCGUGCAGGGUCACUUUAGUACCAAUGACACAUACCGCUUCUCCGCCUCCAGGACCAGCUCAGAGGCCAACUUCGCUUCCAUCCUGGUGGUGACUCUCACCAGAUCGCUCCUGGAGCCGAGAAUAUUUACAGAGGUGAGCAAGUUGGACCAAGCGGUGCAGGCGCUGAAGGUGGUACAGGAAAACGGAACACAGAUCCUGUACAAAGAGGUGUGCGCCAAGUACAAGACGCUGUGCGUGCCACCCAAUCCUCUAUUAUAUGCCUGGCAGCAUCACUCGACAUUGAACCUGUCAAACAUCAUGUUCCCCUUACAUAACAUGUCCAACCACUUCAUCUACUUGGCGAGCUUCUUUGGGGGAAAUGUCUUGGGCCAAGCGAUGGGAAAAAGUCAGCGACUUGUGGAGUCCCGAGCAAUUAGGCUGCUGUACUACCUCAAGACUGAGGACCCCGAGGACAGUGAGCGUAGCAAAGCAUGGCUGACUCACUUUCUAGACCAUUUUAACGACGUGAAGAGCACUCUGACUUUGGAAGAGACAGAGGUUGUCUACUUUACAUCCCUUUCAAGACAGCUGGAGUUUGAGGCAACCUCCAAGACUGUGAUCCCUCUGUUCCACCUGGCAUACACUUUAAUCAUACUGUUUUCAGUUGUAUCAUGCUUCAGGUUGGACUGUAUAAGAAACAAAAUGAUGGUAGCAGUUUUUGGAGUGUUUAAUGUUGCCAUGUCAGUGGUGAGUGGGUUUGGCCUGAUGCUGCACAUCGGGGUCCCAUUUGUGAUCAUAGUUGCAAAUUCACCAUUUCUUAUUCUUGGUGUUGGAGUUGAUGACAUGUUUAUUAUGAUUUCUGCCUGGCAGAAGACCAGCCUCAUGGAAAGCAUAAAAGAACGACUCUCCAAUUCAUAUUCAAAGGUGGCAGUGUCCAUUACAAUCACCACUAUCACCAAUGUCCUUGCUUUCUAUACAGGAAUCACCAGCUCUUUUAGAUCUGUACAGUAUUUUUGCAUCUAUACAGGAACAACCCUGCUCUUUUGCUAUUUUUAUAGUAUCACCUGUUUUGGAGCAAUUAUGGCUCUAGAUGGUAAAAGAGAAAUUGCGUGCUUCCGCUGGCUGGAUAAGCCAGACCAAAAGUAUGCCUCGUUAAAAAAAUCCUGCUGUGUGCCAUUUGGUUCAGCCCCAGAUGAGCAUGGAGAAGACAAGCAUCCAAUGAAUUUGUUCUUUAGAGACUAUUUUGGUCCUCUCCUCACAACAGCCAAAGCCAAGUUUUUCGUAGUGCUGUUAUAUAUUUUUUAUAUCGUAAGCAGUAUAUACGGAUGCUUCCAAGUGCAGGAAGGGUUAGAUCUUCGGAAUCUGGCAAGUGAUGAUUCCUACAUUACACCAUAUUUUAACGUUGAGGAAGAUUAUUUCUCAGAUUAUGGUCCAAGGGUUAUGGUCAUUGUUACGCAAAGUGUUAACUACUGGGAUGGUGAUGUAAGACAGAAACUGGACAAAUGUAUGAUACAAUUUGAAGAAAGUGAAUAUGUAGAUAAAAAUCUCACAGAGUUUUGGUUGGGAGCAUAUAUUCAAUAUUUGAAUAACAGUGGAAAUGAUCCUAAUGACAAGAAUACAUUUAUGAAUAGUAUUUCAGGUUUUUUAGAAAUUUCUCCUAUUUUUACAUAUGAUAUUAAUGUUUCCUCAUCAAAUGAGAUCACUUCUUCCCGAGGUUUCAUCCAGACUAUAGGAGUUUCUUCCUCGAGCAAUAAGAAGAGAAUGUUAUUACAGAUACGAGGCAUAGCUGAAAACUGUGAAGUUCCCUUAAUGGUGUAUAACCAAGCAUUCAUAUAUUUUGAUCAAUAUGCUGCAAUAAUAGAGAACACUGUUCGAAAUGUCAUGAUUGCAUCAACAGCUAUGCUCAUUGUUUCCUUAUUGUUAAUUCCUCACCCAGUGUGCUCCUUGUGGGUUACUUUUGCUAUUGCUUCUGUGAUUGUGGGAGUUACAGGUUUCAUGGCAUUCUGGAAUGUUAAUCUCGAUUCCAUAUCCAUGAUUAAUCUUGUUAUUUGUAUAGGUUUUUCUUUUGAUUUUUCUGCACACAUCUCCUAUGCAUUUAUCUCCAGUUCUGAGACUUCAGUAAACAAAAAGUCAAUUGAGGCCUUGUAUAUGCUAGGUUAUCCAGUGUUGCAAAGUGCAAUUUCAACAAUAAUAGGGGUAUGUGUUUUAUCUGCAGCUAAAGCUUACAUCUUCAGGACAUUUUUUAAGAUUAUGUUUCUUGUUAUGUUUUUUGGGGCAGCUCAUGGCCUAAUUUUUAUUCCAGUAUUCUUAACCUUUUUUUGAAAGUUUGUUUGAAUACACAGUAACAAAUAACCAGUUAUAGAAUUCCUAAUGACCUGAAUCCAAUCUGAUUGUAAAAUGUACUAAUUAAGACUAGUCAAUAGAAAAAAAGAGAGAUGAAAUUAGAAGGGGCAUUGCAGGGUAAGAAGAACCAAGGGUAAGGGUGAGAAGGGAAGGCAGGGUAAUGUGGGACCUAAACAAAGCACAUUGUAUACAUGUAUGAAAAUGUCUCAAUAAAAACCAUUUAGUUUGUCCAAUUGGUAUACACUAAUAAAAUAUGAAUUAUUAAUGUAUAACUGAAAACCGAUAUAAAGUGUUAAAAAUAGUCAUUCCACUUUAAAGAUGUUUCCUUGGCUUUGAAGUUCUUUAACAUAUUCUGAGAAAAAUUAAAAUAUCUUUACCAAAUUAA